AUGUCGCUAAACCAUUUGGGACAUCUUCCCAAGUUACUACUGAUCAAAAAUGAGGUCAGCAUGGAAAUUAAAUAUGCUGGUGGAUUCAAAGUCCUACUACAGUUUAAUGACUCUGAUAGUAGGGCUUCCAAUACAAAUUUGGCGGGGGGGAACAACUUCGAGAAAAUUACAAAAGAUUAUGGGAACAUCAUCGCACCAUUUGACAACCUCACACACCGUGUGGACCUGUCCUGUGUUAAAAUUGGUAUAUUGACUACAAGAAGGAAGAGGAUCAACAAGGAGAUACUUGUAGCUGUUGAAGAAGAAAUCUUAAAGAUGGGCAUCAUUGAAUUCGAUGAGGAUUGGUACGCUUUCAAGUUUGACCCAAAUGAUGAUUUCUAUAAAAAAGAUGAACUUUGCGUAGAAGAUGAAGACGAGGAGGAAGAAGACGAUGUAGACGGAGUCUCAGAAACUUGGGUGUAG